AUGUACACACUGCCCAACUUGAAGCGUUAUGUGGGCAUAAACCUGGACGACCCAUCUUGCAAAACUUCCCCAGACAAAACAAACAAGCCCAUGGGUCUGGCGAACUGCAGCGGGGAGCGGAAACCAAGGAAGAUCAAAGGCCCAGCGGUUACCCCCUUCCGGGCCGCGCAGCUGGCAGCGCGCCUCGACCCCGGGAGGGCACCCACGGGCACCGUGGCCCUUCCUCCCGAGAAGACAGACGGGCUGGCCAGUGGAGACGAGAAGAGGAGGGAGAAGGCGAGUGAAUCUUGCCCGGGUCCCAAGAAGCAGCUGAAAUUUGAAGAGCUACAAUGUGACGUGUCUGUGGAAGAGGACAGCCGGCAGGAGUGGACCUUUACCCUGUACGACUUUGACAAUAAUGGCAAGGUCACGCGCGAGGACAUCACCAGCCUGCUGCACACCAUCUACGAGGUGGUUGAUUCCUCCGUCAACCACUCCCCGACGUCGAGCAAGACCCUGAGGGUGAAACUCACCGUGGCCCCCGAUGGAAGCCAGGGCAAGAAGGGCAUCCUUCUCAAUCACCCUGACCUGCAGAGCACGAGGCCCAGAGCGGAGACCAAGCCCACCGAGGAGCUGCGCAGCUGGGAGAAGAAGCAGCGAGCCCCGCUCAGGUUCCAGGGGGACAGCCGUCUGGAGCAGUCUGGUUGCGACCACCAUUGCGUGGACGAGAACAUUGAGAGGAGAAACCACUACUUAGAUCUCGCCGGGAUAGAGAACUACACAUCCCAGUUCGGGCCUGGCUCCCCGUCAGUGGCCCAGAAGUCAGAGCUGCCCCCCCGCACCUCCAACCCCACUCGGUCUCGCUCCCAUGAGCCAGAAGCCAUCCACGUCCCACACCGAAAGCCCCAAGGCGCGGACCCGGGCUCCUUCCACUUCCUUGACGCCCCAUUCGCCAAGGUCUCGGAGGUCCAGCAGCGGCUCCGGGGCACCCAGGAUGGGAGCAAGCACUUUGUGAGGUCCCCCAAGGCCCAGGGCAAGAGCGUGGGUGCGGGCCACGUGGCCAGAGGGGCAAGAAGCAAGCCCCCUCUGGGCCCCGCCGUCCCCGCGGUGUCCCCGGCCGCCCAGCUGGCCGCCAGCCCGGCCCUCCUCCCCACUCUGGCACCCCUCGGGCACAAGAAGCACAAGCACCGAGCCAAGGAGAGCCAGCAGGGGUGCCGGGGGCCGCAGGUGCCGCUGGCCGUGGGCGGCAGUGUCGCGGGGCGGGACCGCGUGAGGGACCUGCCCGCUGUGGUGGUGUACGAGAGCCCGGCCGGCCAGGCGGUGCAGAGACACGAACAUCACCACCACCACGAACACCACCACCAUUACCACCACUUUUACCAGACAUAG